AUGAAUUCUUGGCGAGGAAAGGCGACGCGCACACCUUCGAAGACCAGCGCUGCCACCUUCAAGGUUUCCACGCAGAGUGCGAAGCGCCCUGCGACGAAGCCGGCCCCGGGGAAGCCGGCUCUGGAGAAGCCCGCUCGGGAGAAGCCCACCCCGACGAAGCCCGCCCCAGAGAAGCGGGCUCCGGAGAAGCCCACCCCGACGAAGCCCGCCCCGGAGAAGCGGGCUCUAGAGAAGCCCGCUCGGACGAAGCGGGCCCUGCAGAAGCCCGCCCCGGAGAAGCCGGCUCCGGAGAAGGCGGCUCGGGAGAAGCCCACCCCGACGAAGCCCGCCCCGGAGAAGCGGGCUCUGGAGAAGCGGGCUCUGGAGAAGCCGGCUCUAGAGAAGCCCGCUCGGACGAAGCCGGCCCAGCAGAAGCCCGCCCCGGAGAAGCCGGCUCCGGAGAAGCCCGCUCGGACGAAGCCGGCCCAGCAGAAGCCCGCCCCAGAGAAGCCGGCUCGGAAGAAGCCCGCUCGGACGAAGCCAGCUCCGGAGAAGCCCGCUCAGACGAAGCCGGCCCAGCAGAAGUCCGCUCCGGUGAAGCCUGCCCCCGAGAAGCCGGCCCAGCAGAAGCCCGCCCAAAAGCUGCGCGCCCCGACGAAGCCCGCCCCGGAAAAGCCGGCCCGGAAGAAAAGCACCCAGGAGAAGCCCAGCGAAAGUCUGGUAGUGUUCGACGCUGCCCUGCCUAAAGACCUUAAGUGCGGCUUCAUCAGAGCGUCGGGAUCCCAGCAGAAGAAGAGCGUCCCUGGUCCCCAGCAGAGGCCGCAGGCACACGCGCGGGGUGCGCCUAAGGCGCCUCUGAGCGCCGAGGAUUUUUUGGAUGGGCAGGUGAUUCUGGCCGAACCUUCUGCGGACCUGGGGCCGCCGCUUCCCAAGGCUGGAUCUCGCCGGGAGAGGGGCGCGCGCUCUGCUCGGGAGCGGAAGUCCCAGCCCUGGCCCGAGGAAGUCCCCGGCAGCUGGAAGCCCAGGGCGGUGCUGGAUAAGUUGAGGCUGAGCAGUUGUGAAAUCUCAGCAACAGCUGAGGUUGUGAACAAGCUGGUGGACCACCUCCUACGUACAAUGCAGAGCCACCCGUCUGCGUUCAAAGGUGUGAAGAAGCUGUGUACUGGGAGCUACUACGAGCAAGUGAAGGUCUCUUCUCCUAAUGAAUUUGAUAUUAUGUUCAAACUGGAUGUCCCCAGAAUUGAGCUGGAAGAAUAUCACAACAGUGGUGCCCAUUACUUUGUGAAGUUCAAAAGAAAUCCCAAAGGAAAUCCUCUGAGUCAGUUUUUAGAAAAUGAAGUAUUAUCAGCUUCAAAGAUGCUGUCUAAGUUUAGGGAAAUCAUUAAGGAAGAAAUCAAAAACAUUGAAGAUCUAGAUGUCAUUAUGGAGAGGAAGAAGAGAGGGUGUCCUGCUGUAACACUUCUUAUUAGAAAACCUAAAGAAAUAUCUGUGGAUAUAAUCUUGGCUUUGCAAGUGAAAAGCAGCUGGCCCGCGAGCACCCUGGAAGGCCUGUGCAUCCAAGGCUGGCUUGGAAGGAAAGUUAGGAGAGACCUGAGACUGCAGCCAUUUUAUCUGGUACCCAAGCAUGCAAAGGAAGAAGGCCAUUUUCAAGAGGACACCUGGCGGCUAUCCUUCUCUCACAUUGAAAAGGACAUUUUGAAAAAUCACGGACAAUGUAAAACAUGCUGUGAAACUGAUGGCGUGAGAUGUUGCAGGAAAGAUUGUUUAAAACUGAUGAAGUAUCUUUUAGAACAACUGAAAAAGAAACAUGGACACCGAAAGGAACUGAAGAAAUUCUGUUCUUAUCAUGUGAAAACUGCCUUCUUUCAUGCAUGCACCCAUCACCCAGAAGACAGUCAGUGGCAGCCCGGAGACCUGGAGCUCUGCUUUGACCGGUGUCUGGAGGGUUUCCUUCAGUGUCUCAGGGAGGAACAUCUUACUAAUUAUUUUAUUCCUGGACACAAUCUAUUCUCUCAAGACAAAGUUGACAAAAUAAGUAGAGAAUUUCUGUUAAAGGAAAUUGAAUAUGAAAGAAACAAUGGAUUUCCAGUUUUUAAAGAAUCUUGAAAUUAUAUUUUUAAAAAGAGUAAAGAAUUCAAGGAACUUUAUAAUAAUUGGAAUGUUUGAAAUUUGUCACAGCAAUGAUUGAUGAAAAUGAGUGUAAACAACUAUUUAACUCCAUUUGUCUUAAUAAACUCUAUUAUAAAAGGCUUGAUUGUUUUGGGAAAAGAAAUUAGUCAAGGAAUACAAAGCAAAAAGAGUAUUUAAAAUCUAAAAGCUUUACCAGAUUGGAAUGAAAAGGACAAAAUACGUAUCAGUUAAAGUUGUCAAGCACUUAUUGAACAAACACCGCUUUUUCUUAUUACCACCUUUCUCUUGGCACAAAUGUGCAGAAGGUUGCAGAAGACAGUAGUAGAAAUGAUCACAGCCUCCAUUAAACUGGUGGGCUUUGUUCAACAUACAAAUAUAUUUGGAAGUGGUGCCCUGUCCUCAGUGUUAGGAUAGGUAAGAUUGAAAUGAAGAAAUAAGUUCUACAUUGUCUUUACAUGUCUCAGGAAAUUUGUAAUCUUACAGGAAAAUAUUAAGUUAAUACAUGUGGGUAAAUAGAAAAGAUGUAUUUUUAGUAACACUUUUAUAUAUGUUUCUGGAAAGGUGAUACAUAACAUGGUAUGAAACUGAAACAGGUGUGGAAUAAAA